CGAGUGCAAGGCAAAGGGAACGCUAGCCAGGCUCACCACCUCUGGCACCCCAGGCAUACAACACAUAUACGCAUACACACACACACAUAUACACGGAAACGCAAGCGGGGCACGGCCACCAACUUGGCGUCCACACCGUUGCCAUGACCCACUUCAACAAGGGCCCCUCUUACGGGCUUUCGGCCGAGGUCAAGAACAAGAUUGCUUUGAAAUAUGAUCCACAGAUAGAAGAAGACCUCCGCAACUGGAUCGAAGAGGUUACAGGCAUGAGUAUUGGAGCAAACUUUCAGCUAGGCUUAAAGGAUGGCAUCAUACUCUGCGAGCUUAUCAACAAACUUCAGCCAGGAUCUGUAAAGAAAAUUAAUCAGUCCAAACUAAACUGGCAUCAGCUGGAGAACAUUGGAAAUUUUAUAAAGGCCAUACAACAAUAUGGGAUGAAACCACAUGAUAUUUUUGAAGCAAAUGAUCUAUUUGAGAAUGGAAAUAUGACUCAAGUUCAGACAUCGCUGGUGGCACUAGCAGGUCUGGCAAAAACCAAAGGCUUUCAUACUACAAUUGAUAUUGGUGUUAAAUAUGCAGAAAAACAAGCAAGAAGUUUUGAUGCAGGAAAGCUUAAGGCUGGACAAAGUGUGAUUGGUUUGCAGAUGGGAACCAAUAAAUGUGCCAGUCAGGCCGGCAUGACUGCCUACGGGACUAGGAGACAUCUCUAUGAUCCAAAGAUGCAAACUGAUAAACCGUUUGACCAGACAACAAUUAGCCUACAAAUGGGUACUAAUAAAGGUGCUAGCCAGGCGGGAAUGCUUGCGCCCGGGACGAGACGAGACAUUUAUGACCAGAAACUCACAUUACAACCAAUGGACAACACUACUAUUUCACUACAAAUGGGCACUAACAAAGUGGCUUCUCAAAAGGGAAUGAGUGUGUAUGGGCUUGGACGGCAAGUAUACGACCCUAAGUAUUGCGCUGCACCAACAGAACCUGUUAUUCAUAAUGGGAGCCAAGGAACAGGAACUAAUGGGUCGGAAAUCAGUGAUAGUGAUUAUCAGGCAGAAUAUCCGGAUGAAUAUCACGGCGAGUACCAAGAUGACUAUCAGAGAGAUUACCACGGUCAGUACAGCGACCAGGGCAUUGAUUAUUAGAAUUGCCUCAAAAUCUCAGUAUUAGGUUACUAUUUUAUUCAGUUAAAAAAAUGAAACUAGCCUUGUGGAAUUGUUACCCAUCUUCUUUACACAUUAUGCUUCAUGUACCUAAGGAAAUAUUGCCUUACAUAACAUUCCUUUUUCCUUUCUCUGCCCUUUCCUUCUCUAGUUGCCUUUAAUGCUGUAACAGUUGCAGUCUACAGCAUGACCAAUAAAUUGCAUAUGAAGUAAAAAGGAAUACUGUGAAAGGGGAGUUCUCUUAUACAACCAAGUCUUUUAAUAAUUAAAAAAACUAUGCAUUUUUUUACACUCUUGUCCUGAAAUAGACAUUUUACAUACCAUACUAACUAAGCCUUUUUCUUCUUAAAAACCUUUUUUAUUUACAGUUCCAUUCUAUGGAAGAACUGUAAAAGGCUUUUUUCUGCUUAAUGAUAAUUGUGGACUGUGCCACCAAAACUGAGGUUGCGGUUUAUUACUUAAAUUUGGUUUUUGUUUGUUUGUUUUUGUUUCAUAAAUACAUGCUUGCUGAAUUUUUAAGUCACAGUAGAGGUAAUGAAUGUGCAUUUGUGAUCCUGUGUAUUCCAUUCCAAUAUCUAAAUUGACCAAAUUUAUAGAAAGAGCUGCCUUUCUUAAAAAGGAGCUUAUAUAAAGUUCUGAGCCCACAGAAGUCUCCAUGUUUUGAUGGUGCAUUGAUUUUUAUUUUCUGUGCCAUAAUGUAUCCAUGUAGAAUUGCCUUUUCUUUGAAUUGUAUUUAUUGCCACAUUUCUCAUCAUAAACUGAUCUUGUUGUAUUUUUUUAUAAAUAAAUGUUGUUUUCUU